AUGUCUUCCUCACAGUCGUCCUCCACGCUGCCUUUUGGCAAGCAUGUGGCCAUUGGCGACAUUUCCGGCCCGACCUAUGUCACGGCCCAGCUGCUCGUCCAGCACAUUGCCUACAAGCUCUCCGACAAGAUCUUCUCCUACUCGCCCGAGACGUAUGACCUCGACGUCGCCGCGAAGCGCUGGGCCGCCGCCGGCGACCGCAACAUCCAUCAAUACACCCCCGAGGUUCUGAGCCUGCAAACCCGCGCCGGCGCCGGCACCCUCGCCCUCGGCUACAUCUUCUCGCCCGACUUUGACGUGACCAAGCGCCACAUUCCCCAGACGCUGCUCGCCUCGUCCGGCAGCCUGCCGGCGCUCCGCGCCACCCUCGACCAGCUUUCGCUACUUUACAGCGUCGCCAGCCCGUUUGUCGCCCACGUGGCGGCGGCCGACUACUCGGCCACCAACGGCAUCGUUGCCAAUUACGACGGUGCCUUGCGCCUGGCGGAAGAGCUGGGCCUCGGUCUCGUCGCCUCCUCCUCAGCCUACGAAGCCCAGCACAUGUCGGUCUUCGCGACGCUUCUCGCCACGGUCCUGCCUACACUGCACGUCUAUGAUGGUGUUCGCGUUGCCCGUGAGACCCUCCGCGUUGUUGAUGCUCUUGGUGAGGCCGGCGUUGCCGACCUCUACACCAAGCUCGCUGCCGAGGCCAACAAGCUAAACCCGCGCCUCGAUAACGCCGGUAAGGUGGUCGAGCUUCUCAAGGCUUUCAACGAUGAGCUCGGUACCGUCUACGCUCCUUUCGAAUACCAUGGCCACGACACCCCUGACGUGGUUCUCGUUACCUUUGGCAGCGUCGAGGCCCAGGUUGCUCGUCAAGUCAUGACCAAGAUUGGUGUCGAGGGGGCCAAGGUCGGCGUCAUCAACGUACGCGUCUACCGCCCCUUCAUUGAGGAGGCAUUCCUCGCCGCCAUCCCCGACUCGGUCCGCACUAUUGCUGUCCUUGGUCAGGUCAACACCGACGCGGCCCUGCACGACGAGGCCACGCAGUCUGCCCUCUAUGGCGAUGUCCUCACCGCCGUCACCUUCUCCGGCAAGUUCGCCGAGGAGCCCGACGUGCUCGAUAUCAAAUAUACGGCCGCCCAGACCCUGACACCCCAAGGCCUGGUAAACACCCUGCACAGAGUCUUUGGCAACGAAGGCGAGGCCAAGACCCUUCCUUCGCUCAUCGCCGCCGAGCAGUACACUUUCUGGGACUUGGACAGCUCCGCCGCCGUGGCCUCUCCUGCUGUUAUUGGCACGCUUCUUUCCAAGCAGUCCACCUCCAACGUAUUUGUUCGCGAGGUCUACGACAACCUCGCUCAGGGCGGUGCCGUCCGCUCCGACCUUCGCGUCUCCAAGACGACCCUUGAAGCUCCCUACGACAUUAACGAGGCCGACGCCAUUGUCGUUGGUGAUGAGAAGAUUCUUAAGGAUGUCGACGUUCUUGCGAGCGUCGCUCCCGGUGGCAAGGUCAUUCUGAACCUACCUGGCUUCAAGGAGGCCGAUGUUGAGAAGCGUCUCUCGGCAGUGUUCCGCAAGGCUCUUUUCGACAAGGAUAUUACUGCCUUUGUUCUCGACCCGGCUGUUCUCCCCGCAUUUGAAAAGGACGCUGCUGCCUCCAAGCUUCUUCUCGAGCUUGCUUUCCUAAAGGUUGCACAGCCCUCCGUCUCACCCAAGGACAUUGCCAUUGCCGCUGAGAACGUAACACUUGAGCAGGCUACCGAGGCCGUUGAUCAGUGUCUCAGCAAGCUCGAAGCCCCCGCGACCUGGGCUGAGACUGAAGAGGUGGCUGUUGAGCUGCCUCUGACCAUUCAGCCAAACAGCUUCACCUCCUUUGCCAAGGACGUGGACGAGGAAACUCUCCAGUUGCAGGACUGGCAGACACUCGCUCGUGGCAUUGUCUUCAAGGAGGCGUAUGGCGCACGCGCGGCUGUCCGUCCUGACCUGGCCGCCACUACUCACACCGUUACCGUCAAGGAGAACCGCCGCCUCACCCCCUCUGACUACGACCGCAACAUUUUCCACAUUGAGUUUGACCUGGGCACCACUGGCCUCACCUACAAGAUUGGCGAGGCCUUGGGCAUCCACGCUGAAAACGAUGUUGAAGAUGUCGAGGCAUUUAUAAGAUUCUACGGCCUCAACCCCGAUGACCUCGUCCAGGUGCCGUCGCGCGACAACGCUGCACUGACGGAGCUGCGCACCGUACACCAGGCGCUGGUGCAAAACGUGGACAUUCUCGGCAAGCCGCCCAAGCGCUUCUACGAGACGCUGGCCGAGUUUGCGACGGACGAGACAGAGAAGAAGAAGCUCGAGGCGCUUGGCAGCCAGGCGGGCGCCGAAGACUUUAAGAAGCGCACUGAAGUGGACACGCUCACCUACGUGGACAUUCUGGAGGAGUUUGCGUCGGCGCGCCCCAGCUUCCACGACCUGGUCAAGAUCGUCAGCCCGCUAAAGCGGCGCGAGUACUCGAUCGCGUCGGCGCAGGCGGUGACACCCAACUCGGUCUCGCUGAUGAUUGUCGUCGUCGACUGGGUCGACACACGGGGCCGCACGCGCUACGGACAGGCGACGCGGUACUUGUCGCGCUUGGAGGCCGGGGCGCCGGUGACGGUGUCGGUCAAGCCGUCGGUGAUGAAGCUCCCCGUCAAGGACACGGCGCCGCUUAUCAUGGCGGGUCUGGGCACUGGGCUCGCGCCUUUCCGCGCCUUUGUACAGUACCGGGCGAUGCAAAAGGCGCAGGGCAAGGAGAUUGGUGCGAUCCUGCUGUAUCUGGGCUCGCGGCACCAGCGCGAGGAGUACCUGUACGGCGAGGAGUGGGAGGCGUACCUGGACGCGGGCGUGGUGACGCUGAUUGGUGCCGCGUUUUCACGGGACCAGCCGCAAAAGAUUUACAUUCAGGACCGCAUGCGGCAGACGGUGAGCGAGAUUGUGCAGGCGUACAUUAAGGACGAGGGCAGCUUCUACCUGUGUGGCCCGACGUGGCCGGUGCCCGACGUGACGGCGGUGCUUGAGGAGGCGAUUGCGGCCGAGGCCAAGGCGGGGGGCAAAAAGGUUGACCCCAAGAAGGAGAUUGAGAAGCUCAAGGAGGAGGGUCGCUACGUGCUGGAAGUCUACUAG